GCCGCUCACCUCAACAAAAGCUUUUUUAACCUUUUUUUUUUUCUUCCUCCUCUGCUCAGGUUUCUCGGUUAAUCUGUCCGUCUCGAUACGGAAAAAGCAGGAGAAGAGAAUGGAGAGGAGCACGCCGGUGAGGAAGACGCACACCUCGACGGCAGAUCUGCUGUCCUGGUCGGAAACGCCACCGCCUGCCGAUCCUCCGGCGCCGGAUUACUCCGCUCGCCGUUCUCACAUGCCGUCGAGUGGGAUCAGCCCUGCGUUGUUCGGGGGGAAGAUGACUGAGGAGGAGGUGGAGAGUGUCAACAAAAGGAAACCUUGCUCUGGUCCCAAGUUAAAAGAGAUGACCGGUAGUGGUAUCUUUGGGGUUGACAACGAAGAUGGUGUAUCAGAGUCGGGUAGUUCAUUGGCAAAUUCUAGUAGCAGAACAUGUGUAAGAAUUUAUCAGCAAGCAACAAGCGGCAUCAGUCAAAUCUCAUUUAGUGCUGAGGAGGGUGUUUCCCCAAAGAAACCAAUCUCACUUCCAGAGGUGGCAAAGCAGCGAGAAUUAAGUGGAACUCUUGAGAGUGAAGCUGAUGCUAAAGUGAAGAAACAACUAUCUGAUGCAAAGAACAAAGAACUAAGUGGGCAUGACAUCUUUGGUCCUCCUCCUGAGAAUCCUCCCAGGCCUUUAGCUGCACGGAAUUUAGAACUGAAAGGUCAGCUGGACUUUGGUGAGCCCACACUGCGCAGCAUACAUACAUCAGUAAAGGUCUCUAAUCCUGCUGGAGGCCAAAGCAACAUAACGUUGAGCGAGGAGCCCGUGGACAAAACAGCAAAGAAAAUCCACAACCAGAAAUUCCAGGAGCUAACUGGCAAUGACAUUUUUAAGGGCGAUACGGCGCCGACAUCAGCAGAGAAGCCACUGAGCUCUGCAAAGCUGAAAGAAAUGAGCGGCAACGACAUAUUUGCCGAUGUUAAGGCAGCCUCUCGUGACUACUUUGGAGGGGUCAGAAAACCUCCAGGUGGUGGAAGCAGUAUUGCUCUCGUUUGAUUUCUAAUUUCAGAUAUUUUUCAUCUCCCCUAUCGGCUUUCUAAUCUUUAGUUUCGUUUUGGUGAUGAUUUGGGUGUUCUAUUAGAUCUUGUUUUCAGAAUAUCUGUACUUUGAUUAUUACUUCUUUGCCUCUCUGCUUGUCUCUGUGUGUGCUUGCUAGGAGAUUUAGUUCAACUGUUUUAAUGAGCUGAUGCAUGUGGAUGUUUUCUA